UUUUCUUUCUCACUCUAGCCACGAAGAAUCUGGUUGGUAUAAACAGAACAUUGGACAUCACUGAUCUAGCUAGCUUGCCAGCCAGUCCUCCUCCACAUUUAAAGCUUUUUGCUUAAUCAGUACACUGCUUUCCUUUCCUUUCCUCCAUUUAUUCCUAGCUCGUAGCUUCCCUAGCUAGCUUCACAAAGACUCUUUCACAAGAAUCUAACCAAAUCUCCUCUUUCAUCUUCCCUUAACAACUUUUCUUCUGCUAUUCACUUUCCUCCUGGUUUCAUUUGAUUCUCUACCGAUCCCCACACAAAUCACAGAACCUCUCAGCUUUAUUUAUUCUCUGUGUGCUAGCAAGCUUUAUUCCUUAUUCCUUGUUGGCUACCUAGCUACUCCUAUAAUAACACUGUUGGUUUGUGCUAGUUUUGGAUCCAAAACAUACCAUAUGGGGUUCUCGAAGAAGCCUCCAGCCGUGGAUGGUGGCUUGGACUUAGAUGGUGGUAAGAGAUGGGUUAUUGCUGGGAUUCCUUUAAGAGCUCCUUUAAAGCCCAUAUCUACAAAUCCAGUGGAGAAAGAGAUCAACGAAGAUGAUGAUCAGAGUAACUGUACUACUGCUUCAACAACGCCUACCAGUGAAGAAGCAAGAAUUCCUUCUAGACUGGUGUGCCCUCCGGCUCCCAGGAAGCGAAAAGCUACUUUCAAGUGUAAUUAUACCAGUGGUGUUAGGGAGUUCUUUACCCCCCCUGACUUGGAAACCCUUUUUGUACAAAGGGCAAACUGAUCGUCAUUGAUUCAUUCCUUCCAAGUUCAAUUUGCCUCCUCCUCUUCUCAUGAUUUGCUUCUACUUUUUUCUUUUUAAUUUCCUUUGUUUGAUCCAGUUAGGCAGGCGCCGUUAGCUUUUUAGCAGGAGGAUCUUAAUUAUUGUUUGUACAGGUUUUAUAAGUAAAUAAAAUCUGGAAUAAUUCACUGA